GACCAGCGCGGCGCUUGCGCAGUAGAACCGAGGCCCGCCGGGCGUGUUAGCUGCCGCGGGGCUCCAGCACCGGCGGAAGGCGGCGCUGCUGCAGCUGCACGGAGCCCGCUCGGUCCCACACAAAGAGGAGGGCGGUUGUAGUGGUCACGGCUCCCGCCCGCAACCCACCGGCCCCGCGGCACCACAUGGCGGUAGUGGUGCGGACGCGUCCGGUGCCGCCUCCGUGGAGCUAGGCCAGGGCGAACCGCGGCUUCUGCCUCUGCUCGCCGCUCUCCCCCCCGGCCCGGCUGACCCCGUCCGUCCCCGCCGUCCGCCGGAGUAGCGGAGCAGGGCCCUGCACGGCCCCGCCAUGCUGCCGCCCGGCCGCCGCAUUCUCUGUCGCCCACCGCGCCGCCGUCGCCGUCGCCCGGCCGAGCUCCUGCCCGCGCUCCUUCUCCUGACGGCACUGGGGGGCGGUGGCAGUGCCGCGCUGCCCCCAGGCUGCAAGUACGAUGGUCGUCCCAAGAGCGCAGGUAAAGCGGCGGCGGCCGGUGCCCCGGUGGAGGUGAAGGUAGUUUGCAGCAACCUGGAGCUUGCUCGGGUUCUGCCUCCCGAGACGCUGCCUAACCGGACGGUCACCCUGAUCCUGAAUAAUAAUAAAAUAACAGAGUUGAAGAAUGGCUCUUUCUCUGGAUUACACCUUCUUGAAAGAUUAGACCUCAAGAACAACCUUAUUAGUACGAUAGAUCCAGGAGCUUUUCUGGGGCUUUCAUCUCUGAAAAGACUAGACUUAACUAAUAACAGAAUAGGCUGCCUGAAUGCAGACAUAUUUAGAGGACUUGUAAAUCUAAUUAGAUUGAAUCUUUCUGGAAAUCUGUUUUCUACGCUUACGCAGGGAACGUUUGAUCAUCUUGUUUCACUAAAGUCUCUAGAAUUUCAGACUGAUUAUCUUCUUUGUGAUUGCAAUAUACUGUGGAUGCAUCAGUGGUUAAAGGAAAGAAAUAUAACUGUACGUGAAACUAAAUGUGCAUAUCCCAAAUCACUACAGUCACAGAUGGUGACUGGUGUUAAGCAGGAACUUCUAACCUGCGAACCGCCACUUGAAUUACCAUCUUUCUAUAUGACUCCAUCUCACCGUCAGGUUGUGUUUGAAGGAGAUAGCCUACCCUUCCAGUGUAUGGCUUCAUAUAUUGAUCAAGACAUGCAAGUCUUGUGGUAUCAGGAUGGAAAAAUAGUGGAAACUGAUGAGUCCCAGGGUAUUUUUGUCGAAAAAAACAUGAUUCAUAACUGCUCACUGAUUGCAAGUGCACUGACAAUCUCAAACAUUCAGGCUGGCUCCACAGGAAACUGGGGUUGCCAUGUACAAACCAGACGUGGGAAUAACACAAGGACAGUAGACAUUGUGGUGUUAGAAAGCUCUGCACAGUACUGCCCUCCAGAGAGGGUUGUGAACAAUAAAGGGGAUUUCAGGUGGCCUAGAACAUUGGCAGGCAUCACAGCAUACCUGCUGUGCACACGGUAUUCUGCUGGCAGUGGGAUAUAUCCUGGCAACUCACAAGAUGAGAGAAGAGCCUGGCGCAGAUGUGACAGGGGAGGGUACUGGGCCGAAGAGGACUACUCCAGGUGCCAGUAUGCAAAUGAUGUGACUCGAGUUCUUUAUAUGUUCAAUCAGAUGCCGCUCAACCUUACUAAUGCAGUGGCAACAGCAAGACAGCUCUUGGCUUACACUGUUGAAGCAGCAAAUUUUUCUGAUAAGAUGGAUGUUAUUUUUGUGGCUGAAAUGAUAGAGAAAUUUGGAAGAUUUGCUGAAAAAUAUAAAGAGCUCGGUGACGUGAUGGUGGACAUAGCAAGUAACAUUAUGUUAGCUGAUGAGCGUGUACUGUGGAUGGCACAAAGGGAAGCCAAGGCUUGCACUAGAAUUGUACAGUGUCUACAGAAAAUUGCUAUGUAUCGACUUGCAAAUGGAGCUCAAGUUUAUUCUACUAAAGUGGCUACAUCAGACCGUACAGGACUCAAUGAUUAUGGGAGAAGAGAUCCAGAUGGAAAUCUGGAUAAACAAUUAAGCUUUAAGUGCAACGUUUCAAAUACACUGUCAAGUCUGGCUUUAAAGAACACAGUUGUAGAGGCCUCUAUCCAGUUGCCAGCUUCCCUCUUCGCCCAGAAGCAAAAAAGAGAAAUCAGACCAGCAGAUGAAUCUGUCUGCAAGCUUCAGCUUAUUGCAUUUCGCAAUGGAAAGCUUUUUCCAGCAACAGGAAAUUCCACAAAUCUGGCUGACGAUGGGAAACGCCGUACGGUUGUAACACCAGUUAUUCUUACCAAGAUAGAUGGUUUAAACCUAGCCAGUCACCACGUUCCUAUAAAUGUGACACUGCGGCGCAUUGCACAUGGAGCAGAUGCUGUUGCAGCUCAGUGGGACUUUGAUCUACUUAACGGACAAGGGGGAUGGAAAUCUGAUGGUUGUCGCAUUCUUCUGUCCGAUGAAAACAUUACCACCAUUCAGUGCUACUCCCUCAGCAACUAUGCUGUUUUAAUGGACUUGACGGGAGCUGAAUUAUAUACGCAGCCAGCUGAUCUUCUGCAUCCAGUAAUUUAUGCCACUGCCAUGGUUUUGCUAAUGUGUCUGUUGAUGAUCAUAAUCAGUUACAUAUACCAUCACAGUGUGAUCAGGAUCAGUGUGAAAAGCUGGCAUAUGCUAGUUAACCUGAGCUUUCAUAUUUUCCUGACAUGUGUGAUGUUUAUUGGAGGCAUAACUCAGACCAGGAAUGCCAGCAUUUGCCAAGCAGUUGGGAUAAUUCUUCAUUAUUCCACUCUUGCGACAGUACUGUGGUUGGGAGUGACUUCUCGUAAUAUUUACAAGCAAGUAACCAAAAAAGCAAAAAGAUGUCAAGAUCCUGAUGAACCACCUCCUCCACCCAGACCAAUGCUGAGGUUCUACCUUAUUGGUGGAGGGAUCCCUAUCAUAGUCUGUGGAAUAACAGCAGCAGCAAACAUCCGAAAUUAUGGCAGCAGACCUAAUGCUCCUUAUUGCUGGAUGACGUGGGAGCCUAGCUUAGGAGCAUUUUAUGGACCAGCUAGCUUUAUAAUUUUCAUAAACUGUAUGUAUUUUCUGAGCAUAUUCAUACAACUGAAACGUCACCCUGAACGUAAAUAUGAACUUAAGGAACCUGUUGAGGAGCAGCAGCGUCUGGCCACCAAUGAACACGGAGAACUGGCUCAUCAAGAUUCACUGUCGGUGUCACUAGUUUCCACAUCUGCUUUGGAGAACGAGCACAGUUUUCAGUCACAGCUGCUGGGAGUAGGCCUUACUUUGCUUUUGUAUGUCGCUCUGUGGAUCUUUGGAGCUAUGUCAGUUUCCCUGUAUUACCCCAUGGACCUGGUCUUCAGCUGUUUUUUUGGGGCAACAUGCUUAAGCUUCAGUGCCUUCCUUAUGGUGCACCAUUGCAUUAACAGGGAAGAUGUCAGGCAUGCUUGGAUAACGACUUGCUGCCCUGGAAGAAGUACAUAUUCAGUGCAAGUAAAUGUGCAGCCAUCCAGUUCCAGUGGAACCAAUGGAGAAGCCCCUAAGUGCACUAACAGUAGUGCAGAAUCUUCAUGCACAAAUAAAAGUGCAUCAAGCCUAAAAAAUUCUUCUCAAGGUUGUAAACUAACUAACUUGCAAGCUGCAGCAGCUCAGUGCCACCCUACUUCCCUGCCACUGAACACAGGUCCUCAGCUUGAUAACAGCCUCACUGAACAUUCAGUGGAUAAUGAUAUCAAAAUGCAUGUAGCUCCCUUAGAGGUACAGUUCCGGACAAACGGACACCAAAGUCGGCACCAUAAGAACAGAAGCAAGGGGCAUCGUGCUAGCAGGCUUGCUGUGUUGAGGGAAUAUGCGUAUGAUGUUCCCACAAGUGUGGAAGGAAGUGUGCAAAAUGGCUUACCUAAAAGUCGACAAAGCAACAUUGAAGGGCAUUCAAGGAGCCGAAGAGCCUACUUGGCAUAUAGAGAACGUCAGUAUAACCAGUCCCAACAAGACAGCAGUGAUGCUUGCAGUACACUUCCAAAAAGUAGCAGAAAUACUGAAAAAGCAAUAGCUACCAACAACAAAAAAGAUAUUCUAAGGAAACCUAUAGCGGUUGAACUUGAAAACCAACAAAAAUCUUAUGGCUUAAAUUUAGCCAUUCAGAAUGGACCACUUAAAAGCAGUGGACAGGAUGGACCCUUGCUCACUGCAGACGGUACCGGGAAUAUUAGAACUGGGUUAUGGAAACACGAAACUACUGUGUAGCAACAUAAUUCAUUGAGGGAUGAAUCCAUAUGGACUGUGAUUACACAUUCCUUAAAGCUGUUAACACUUUUGAAGACUGUUUACAAACUGUAGGUACCUUAUGCAGGGAGGGAACAAAGAUAAUCUUCCAAGCAAGAGAUUAUUGUAUGCUUUAUUGUCUUUGCUGUUUUUAGACAGAUGAACUCUUGGUAUUUUGUGGCAUUUUUUGGAAGCAUCAGUCUUGAGGGAUGCAGAACACAACAACUUUGUACAUUUUUAUUUUUUACGUGUAACCCUGCAGAUGUGUCCACAACACAUUUCAAAUUUGUAUUUAAAUGUAUAAUAAAUAGUAUUUUCCCCAGCA